UCCGGCGUUGAGUCACGGAUAGCAUGCACAUGAUAAGGUUUGGUCGCCAAGCGGAAGUCAAGCGGUAUUCGCGAGCAAAUACUUGAGACGAAUCGAGCUAGUUGCAGCAAAGCACGAGAAUUCAUUGUUGCGUUUACUUCUGCUUUUCCCUUAUUGCGGGAUGGCGUUGUCGGAGAGAUGGCAGAAUCACCGCGCACGGUCCGAUCUUGGAAGGCUGACGCACAGACAAAUAUUAACUCGAACGCCACGAGUGAAAACAGUAUGUCUCGACCGCAACAUUGAUAACGUCCUCCGUGAAGUGUAAAAAUAGAACAAUGAAUUAGCAUGUCAUAAUCGUGAGGUGGAGGCGGGUGGUGUCAAGGCGUAUGAUUCCUGCUGUCCUUGUCAGAGCCGCCACACAAGGAUCGAUACUCGAGGGGAUUACUACUGAAUUGACGAGGCGUUGAAUGGAAAUAACCGCGUCACAUUUGAAUAAACCACAUAGUGCACGUGUUCAUUGUAAACAGACUCAAAUCCUCUUUGUUCAACAACUUGUUGUAUCUCCACUACCUCCAUCGACAAUGACCGUUAUAAAGAUAGGUCACAACGGUCAUACCAGAAAGAUUACCCACGAAGGAUCCCCCCCUACAUGGGGUUGGUUGUCGUUCAAGAUAUCCGAGCUUUACAGGAUCCCUAAGGACGAUGUUGCACUCUCAUAUCUUGAUUCCGAUAAUGAGCAAGUCACCCUGAGUACGGAAGCUGAGCUUCACGACUACUUCACGAGCUUCAUGCGCCCCGGUGAGGUGGCGCGGUUCACUGUGCAAAGAGUUUCCACUCCGGCUGUUAAGCAGGUAGACGAGGACGGAGAAGGCGACCACCCCAAGGAAGCGUCCAAAGAAGCCACGCCCUCUGAGGAGUGGCAGAAUGUUGAAACCAUUCCGAAUGACCAUAAGCCAGAUGCGAUCGUUUAUGAGGAGGUGUGGAGGAGCGUUGAUGACGUCAAUGGUCAUCCUUACAUCCCAGGUCUCGAUGCCCAGGCCCUAAACAUCCUUGCUGCCAUAGGUGUGGCGAACCACGCCCCCGACCUGUCUCGGCCCGUCCCACUCUCGCCUCGGAGUACUGCAACGUUAAUUAAAGUCUUUACCGAAAAGAAUGCCGAGGAUUCGGAGGACGAAGACAGCACAACACAUCCGUUGCCAGAAGCUGCCGAAAAAGGGAAAAACAAACCGUCGCAACCUGAAUCUGCUACUCCUGCGCAACACGUUGAUAGUGCGAGGUCUGUAAGAGGCUCAGAGGCUGACCCGGCAGCGCUGGAUCCACCCCUGCCUACAACGUCUUUGGAUACGGUUCCUGCGCCUUCGCCGGCGCCUUCUGUGCCCAAUAUUGCUGGGGACCUGUCUCAGAUGUUGCAAGCGAUCACGAACGCUUUCACUACACAUCCUGAGCUGUCCGAAGGCGUUCGUCGGGUCAUUCGCCUUGCCACAGAUAAUAAUUACCUCGAAUCUGAGCGCCAACGGCUAAUUCAAACCGUGAAUGAUGCCGUUUCUGAGGCCACUGUUGCUGCUCGAAAUGGUGUUGAUGAUGCCUCCACAGGGCUCAAUGAUGCUCUCCAAGGCAUCUUUGAUGCAUUGCAGAACGGUUUAGCUGCUGCAUCAGCAGCCGCUGCGUACGAAGAAGGGCGGCACCACCGUCCUCUCCCUUCCUCGUGGCAGCCGUCGCGAACAUUAUGGUGCUCCGCUCCCACCGGCACCUCCCGGACCCCCGCCGCCUCCUGGUGCAACCCUGCCCCCACUCCUGGAGUUCCGGAGCAGGCCAUUCACAUUCAACCCCACUUUGGCACUGAGGCCCUGCCGUUCGGGGGCUAUCCAUCACGGGCUCGUCAGGGCUCUCGGGCUCCAUCUGGCUCAGUCCCGCGGGGACCAGCCGGUGCUUAUCCUACUUAUGCCUUGGGACCCCAGAUUGAACACUACCGCCAUACCCGUCGCGGGCGCAACGACGGUGGCAGCUCCUUCUGGUCGUGAAGACGCAGUUCGUGAUUUGAGCGACCGAAAGACGGCGUUGGAGAUUGCAAAGGAGAAUUAUAGAAGAGAGAAGGAGAAGUGGAAGCAAGAAAAGGAGGCGAGAAGGCGUGCUCGGGAUCAGGAGAUUGAGAGAAUUACUGGAAGGCGCGUAUUGCCACGGGAGGAGCGCAAGGCUCGCCAAAGGGAACAAGAAGAACGUGAAGAAGAGCAACGAAGACAGGAGUUCGAACGUGCUCGUGCGGAGCGCGACAUGUAUCUGACGGAUGCAGAGGUUGAUGAACUG